GUACGUGUAUCAUCACUCACGUCAUAAACCAAUGAAAAAUUGUUUUUCGGUAAGAAUUCUGUGCACUUGUCGCAAAACUGUUUACUCAAAUCAGCAUUAUUCCUUCUACUUUUCUGGAAUUUUCUCCCUUUACUGCAGUUUAGAGGUUAGCUUCUCGUCUUCCCCAAUAUAAAACCCCUCAUCGAUAACCCCCUCUUCAGCGCGACUGAACCAAAUUCCAAUUGUUGAUUUCUCGGCAAAUCUUGACAAGAAUCUUGAUUUCUCUCUUAUCCGUCUUAUUGUGCUUUCGAUCAAUCAGACUUGCAGUCAUCGGUAAAGUAUUCGAGACACCAUCCCAUAUUAUGAUCCGAUAGCUUUUGGACUCGAAUGUGACAAAUGGGUAGCCACGAGGCAUUGAGUGUUGAACCAUUUAAACGAUUGGUCAAACUUGCGGCAAGGGCAUUUUAUGAUGAUAUAACUACAAAAGGUGAUAAACAGCCUAAGACGGGAAGAAGUGACAAUAGAGGAAUUGCGGUGGUUGUUCUUGAUGCUCUAACCAGACGUCAGUGGGUAAGGGAGGAAGAUUUGGCUAAGGACUUGAAGCUACACUCAAAACAACUUCGUCGGACUUUGAGAUUCUUCGAAGAAGAAAAACUGGUCACUAGGGAUCACAGGAAGGAGACCGCAAAAGGUGCAAAAAUAUACAGUGCUGCUGUAGCUGCCACGGGGGAUGGUCAACCAGGUGGAAGAGAAGGAGAUGAAAAACUUAAGAUGCAUACUCAUUCAUAUUGUUGUCUAGAUUAUGCACAGAUAUAUGAUGUGGUAAGGUACAGACUGCACCGCAUGAAGAAAAUGCUAAAGGAUGAACUCGAAAGCAAGAACACUGUUCAGGAGUACAUAUGUCCCAAUUGUAGUAAAAGAUACACUGCCCUGGAUGCGCUUCGGUUGAUUUCCCCACACGACGAAUACUUUCACUGUGAGAGUUGUGAUGGCAUACUUGUGGCUGAAGCUGACAAACUAGCUGCCCAAGAACUGGGAGAUGGAGACGACAGUGCUAGGAAACGGCGCCAGGAAAAGUUGAAAGAUAUGCUACAAAAUAUGGAGGAACAAUUGAAACCAUUGAUAGAUCAACUUGGAAGAGUGAAGGACUUGACUGUUCCUGAAUUUGGAAGCCUUCAAGCUUGGGAACUUCAGAAUGCUGCUGGUCGAGCAGCAAAUGGAGAUCAUGGGAAUGAUCCUUCUAAAUCUUCGCAAGGUCUUGGAUUUGGUGGAACGCCUAUGCCCUAUGUUGGAGAGACAAAGGUUGAAGUUGCACUCUCAGGCAUUGAUGGAAAAGGAGAAAACAUUAAAUCGGAGAAUGGAAAUGCACCUUCGAAAGUUUUGCCUCCUUGGAUGAUAAGGCAAGGAAUGGAACUUUCAGAUGAGCAGCGUGGAGAGACCAAGCAAGAGGCAAAGAUGGCUGGUAGUUCAAUAGCUUUAGAAUCAUCCGAUGACAAAAAUACUACAGAUGAAAAAGAUGAUGUGAAGAAUAUACAGGAUGAAUAUGUUAAAGCUUAUUAUGCUGCUUUACUUGAACGGCAACGUGAACAAGAAGCACAUGACGACAGCCAACAGCAAAUGUCUAAUGCGAGCACCUCUAAUGGAGUUGCCAUGCCUACUGAGCGCCAAGUUGGCAUGAAGUCGAAGCUUGCUGAUGAGUAUGAGGGAGAUGAUGUUGAAUGGGAUGAGGAACCUCCUGCAGGUAACACAGCCAAGAAUUUCAAAGUUCAUGACUUAAAUGUUGAAGCAGAAGCUUCAGAUGAGGAAGAGGAUGACAUUGACUGGGAGGAAGGUUGAAGGAACCAUUCAACUGUAAAAGUUAAUCAACGUUAGGUUCACUGCCUCUCUAUUUAUGAUAGUCACUUGAUGCACUUAAUCAAUAGAAUAUUGACUCAAAAAGCUUUCUAUUUUGCUCUUGCUAAUUUAAGGUAAGAAUGAUCAAUAACUAGAUCAGAGAAGUACCAAAGAAAUAGAAGCGAUCAAAUCUCCAAGCCCA